AUGGAGGGGUUUGUGUAUUCACGGUGGCACGACCGCUGGGAAGAGGGCAUUACCCAGCUGACGCAGUGGGUCCGAGAGGGAAAAAUCAAAUACCGUGAGACUGUAACAGAAGGGUUUCAAAACACCCCCAAAGCCUUCGCCGGUAUGCUGCAGGGUGACAACUUGGGGAAGGCUGUUGUUAAAGUGGCCCGCAUCGUGGAGAGCCGUGCUGCGGACUUCCCAGUGGGGCGGUACGUGGUCGGCUACUGGGGGUGGCGCGACCGCACCGUGGACGACGUGGGGCCGGAUGCGCCCUACUUCAUGUCUCCGGCCAUGCUGGUGCCAGACCUGGGGGAGCUGCCCCUCUCCCUCUCUCUGGGGGUGCUGGGCAUGCCCGGAAUCACGGCCUACUUUGGACUGCUGGAGGUCUGCAAGCCUAAGGAGGGAGAGGUGAAGUGGCUGAAAGAGAAGUUGGGAUUCCAUCACGCAUUUAACUACAAGACGAAUGACGUCACAGAGGCGCUGAAGCAGGCGGCACCUGACGGCGUCGACGUGUACUUCGACAACGUGGGCGGCGAGAUGAGCAGCGCAAUCAUCAACAGCAUGCGAGAGUACGGUCGCAUCUCCGUGUGCGGCGCGAUAUCUGGAUACAACGAGUCUAAUCUCCCGAAGGCUACCAUCAUCCAGCACGCAGCCAUAUUCAAGCAGCUCCGCAUGGAGGGAUUCAUGUACAUCCGAUGGCACGACCGCUGGGGAGAGGGCAUCGGACAGCUGAUGCAGUGGAUCAGGGAGGGGAAAAUCAAGUACCACGAGACUGUUACCGACGGCUUCCAGAACACUCCCAAAGCCUUUGUUGGCAUGCUGCAAGGAGAGAACCUAGGGAAAGCUGUUUUUAAAGUCUGA